UUUCAGAUUUUGUCAUUGGCUCGCCCUGUCUGCCUGUCUUCUUGUGUGUUGCUGUUGCUGCAUCGGAUAUGCAAGGUUUCCAUUUUUAUUAACGCAUCGCAAUUAAUAAAGCUAAAAAAUGGAACCAAAUUUUAUCUGUUUUUCUUAUACAACAAACACGAUCUAAAUAAAUGUACGUGAACAAAGUGUGUGCAAAGUGCAAAUGAUGAAGCUUAUAGUUUGCGAGUGGGGUUACGGAAGUAAAAUUUUUCACUCAAAUGUGCUGUUGUGCGUGAUAUUCUACACAAACAACUAUAAACACGGCAUGAAGAUAAUAUACAUAAAAUAUAAGUCUACAGUGUUAAUGGAAUAAUAAGAAAAGUUAAUUUAAACAUAAAACAUUGCUUCUUCUACUAAAAUAAUAUAAUCAAUAUAGAUAAGGUAAUUUAUAAAAUUACAAUCUAAUUAAUCACGAUAUUCGUAAUCAAAUCAGCGCAACAGCGAGCAAAUACCUACAACAUAUUAUAUAAUAAAAAAAGUUUAAAAUAGUUAGACUCAUGAAUAUUUGCUAAAACAAAAUCGCCGGAAAAUCGAUUGAUUCACGCUCGUAUAUUUGGCCACAAACUGUGAUGAAAUUUUUGAAGCGCCGUUAAGAAAAAUAAGGGAGAAUUCACUAAAAGUGCUAACUGCAUUUUCACCACAAUCAUUGAAUCCACUGCAGCAUAGUUAUCUUAAUUUUUAUGAUUAUUGUUGGCAUAAAAUAUUACAGAAAUAAAUCGAUAACAAUUUCGAAAAGCAAUUAGAAGAGUUUGCAGUGGCGGCUAGUAAGCGCCUGCCUCACCUCUGAUGGCCCUACAACACUACCUCAAACACACAGACAAUUACUGCGGAACUGCGCCAACAGUCACGGCAACAACAGCACCAACAAUCAGCACAGGAGCGAUAACGCAAGCACAUUUGCAAUUGCAACAUCACGCAGCAGCAGUGACAGCGCAGUCCUCUCAAGAACAGCAACAACAACAACAACUAACACAGAGUCAACAACAACAAACGCAACUGCAUAACAUCACCAUAACAACAACCACCACACCAACAACAACACAGGACACCACAACAUUAGCUGCAACAUCAUCAACGGGUCACACUAACGCACAAGCGCAUCAACAAUUACUUGUACAAUCACAGCAUCGUCUAAAGCAGCUGCAACUCAAACAGCCCACCAUAUAUCAACAGCAUAUGACCUAUCAUCAUCACCAUCCCUACUAUCAGCAAAGCAGCCAUCAUAAUACUAAUACAUCAGCUGUGUCCAAUACAUUAGCCAACACGGGUGCGGCCAAUCAUAAAUUCAAAAGUGCGCAGCACAACCAACCGAAUUACAAUCACAAUCGUACGCUUCCCAUACACGCAUUAAAUCAGAAUUCGAAUUUCUCAGCGGCCAGUUCGAGUACUGGUGGCGGCACAGCCUCCAGUCAUGCGCCCACACAGCAAUCGAAUGCCACCAACUCUAGUCGCUCCUCUGGCGCUAAUGGACAUGCCACCAAUGCGGUGGAUAGUGCCAAAGCCGGUGCGGUCGGUGCAACGAUGCGCAGCGGCACAUCAGCAGCUGGCAGUAGUACAGCUGUUAAUUCGAAAAAAAUCAAAAUCGAACCAGUGCUGUCACAGUAUCAUCAAACAGAACGUUUGAACUUCGCAAAUUCACAUAUUGUGUGGGGUGAGGAGCAUUGGCGACGUGUGGUCUUCCAGGAUGAGCGUAAAUUCAAUUUAGACGGACCGGAUGGCUUCUCCAGUUACUUUCACGAUUUACGUAAUUACGAACAAACGCUAUCGCAACGACCGCGUGGCAAUUCCGUUUACAUCUAUAUGCUAAUCACCGCCGGUGGCCCCAUUCACAUGGAGGUGUCGACGGCGAAACAACGACCACAAACAUAUAUUGAAACGAUAUUACGCGAACGGCCGAAUAUCAUCACGAAAUUGGGUGGUAAUCCCGAUUUUAUACUGCAAGAUCACAAUUGGACGGCCAAUAUGACGCCGACCACACAAGAAAUGCUCGAUGCCGAAGGCAUUAAAAUGCAACGUUGGCCAACUAUAGCGCACGACCUCAAUAUUAUGGAAAACAUUUGGGGUUGGCUGAUACGCGAAGUCUACGAUGGUGGACGCAAGUUUUCGCGCAAAGACGAUCUCAUAUUUCGUAUACGCGCAGCAUGGACACGUCUGCCCAUGGAUUUUGUGGUCAAUCUCUACAGUACACUGCCUGAACGCAUUGCAGAAUUAUACUAUACGCGCGGCAUUUAUACAAACUGUUGACGAUGGCAGUGUUAGGAUAGCAUAGUUAAGUUGACAUAGAUCCACGUUGCGCGAGUACGAGGAUAAAAAAUACAGCACAAUGGAAGGGUUGCAAAGCAAAGCAGCGCCAAAAUAAGCAGACUGGGGUUGAAAAAGUUCUUACGACACAAAAAAAAAUAUGUUUUCAAAAUGUAAUGUAAAUAAGGCAAGUCAAAACAUCCGCAAUGUAAAUGGGAAAGAAGAAAGCAGUGAAAGAUAUUCACACACAGUUUUGGUAGCAGCAGAUAGUGUUGAGCAGCAUGUUAAAAGCGAAGAAUACGAGUUUAUACAAAUUUAUAUUUAUAUACAUGAAAUGUAUGUAUGCCUAGGGUAAAACUGAAACCUCGCAGCCCGACGAAAAAUGAAAAAAAUUAUUAGUUUAUUGUAUUUGUGCCUAAAUGUAGGCUCAUCAAAGUUAUACGCGUGUGCGCCAUUUGAGUUCUUCAUUCACGGCUGCUAAACUCAUUGCAAUCUUUAAACUCUGCCCUUUUAUAGUUUUUUAUAUAAAGACAGCUGAGAUGAAGGCAUGACAGCGGACGUUUUCAAAUUUUAUACCUGAAAAAUACAGUUAACUAUAUAUGUGGGAACCAAUACUGAAUUGUCUGUUAUAUUAUUAUUUUUUUUUUAAACUGUAAAUAAUUUCUCAUUAGUGUAAGCUCACCACACAUUUGUGAACAAGUGAUUGAUCGUCAUGCGAAUUUCUUACUGUUAAAAUAGUGCAAAACAUUAUUUCAAUUAUUUUUGUGGGGAAUUCGACUGCAUAACGUUUCGAAUACACGUACAAACCUGCAGUGUCCCAGCAUGUGUUCACAAACAACAACAACGGCAGUCAUACAUGUGUUGUUGCUCCACAAAAAUUCAAUAACUCGCAUUAUUUUUUUUAAUCUUCUUUUUUUCUUAUGUAUCUUUUGUAACGUGCUAAGACUGACUGCGACUGCUUUAGAAUUGCGCAUACAUACAUACAUAUAUACCUAAAGGUAUACAGACGAGACGAACAUAUGGUUGAUUGGUACAUCGGUUGGUCGGCUGCUUUGUCAACAGGCAGCUAAGCCGCACACGAACAAACAGCGUUGCACUUAGCACCUGCUUGUUUCUUCUUCAGUGCAAUUUCCCAAACUUGCUGCUGUUCUUCCCGCACUUUGCACGCUGCUAAAUCUCACACUCACACACAUACACGCUCUGAUGCAUUGGCAUACAUACAUACAUACAUAUGUUCUGUGAUAGUUGUUAGUGUGCUUUUGCAUUUUAUUUUUUAAUAUUUUUUAAAACUGAACAAUUGUUUUUUAUUUUUUAUUUUUUUUGGGUUAUACUUUUGACUUUUCCUAGUGAAUCGCGCGCUAUAUUGAAAAUACUAUAUAGUGCAUAAAUAUAGAAACAUUUAUAUCUAUACAUACAUACAUAAUAUGUAAUUUGUUCACGGAACACUAUGCAUAUACGUGUUUAUAUAUAUGUAUAUGUAUGUAUGUAUUUAUAUAUGCUGCACGACAUGUUUGUUUGUAUGUAUGUAAGUGGGAUGAUCCUUCACAUUGUGCUGCAUAGGAGUUCUUUUGUAAAAAGUACUGAAGUAACUGAAGUAUUAUCGGAAAACUAAAUGAAACAAAAAAAAACUAAUAAUACUACAUAUAAAUAACGCAAAAAAAAAAACCUUGAAACAACAAUAACACUAUGUAAUACGUAUGGAGACUUGCGUUAUCUGUACAUACUCGUAUGUAACGAAUUAGCUUUUAGUAACUGUAUUUUUUAAUGAAAUUUAAUUUGGAGCAAAUGAAUAUACUAUAUGUUCAAUAGAUAUGUUAACUAAAAAAAAAACAAAAAAAGAACAAGAACAAGAAAAAAGUGUAAACUUAAAUAAUUAAAUUAACUAAACCUACAACUUAGCUACAUAUACAUAGUAUAUACAUACAUACAUACCAUAUAUUCAUACAUAUGUAUGUAUGUUAAGUUAGUUAAGUUCAAAUUUACUAUCAAGCGACUGACCAGCAGCGCUCAGCAGCUCUAUACAUACAUACUUAUAUCUAACUGAACUGCAUGAAUUCGUAUGUUUUUUUGGCGUUUCUCACCUCAGCUGGUACGCCUUGGAUGACUACUACUACUAAAUAUAAUAUGUAACAACAACAACAACCAGUUAUAUAAUGUUGAUUUCACGACCUGAAUAUGUAACAAUUAGAAAUCCUAAAUCUAAAAUAUUGUAGUUCCACAAACAAUGCAAAUUCAUUUAUUAUGCUGUCUGACUCGUCGUAGUGGGAGUAGCAGAAGUAGCAACGUAACGAAGCGGCUUGCAACGAAAUGAUGAAUGGCAUCGCGCAUGCGUACUUAUGUACAUAAAUACGAAUUCGUGGAAUGCGCGUAUGUUUUGUGUGUGCGUGUAUAUUAUGUAUGUAUGUACGUAUGUGUAUGUAUGUGUGAUGUGAGUACGGCAUAAUACUGGAAAUUAUGUGAUUUUUUCGCUUAUAAAAUAUUUUUUUAAAAACACACACAAACAAAAAUGUAUUUAAAAGCUCUAAAAAUAAACGCUCUCGAUGAAUAACUGAAGUAUAAAUAUA